AUGAACAUCCAAGGAGUGUGCGACGCUAAAUUGAAGUUUCUCAAUAUAGUCGCAAAAUGGCCAGGAGCAACACAUGACUCUUUUAUAUGGACUAGCUGUGGUCUCUGUGCUGCAUUUGAAGCAAAGGAAAUAACUGGAGUGUGGCUGUUGGGUGACAGUGGUUACGGCUUGCGACCAUGGUUACUGACACCAAAGUUGAACCCAAGAACCCCCGGCGAUAGAAAGUAUAAUGCCUGCCACAAGUCUACUCGUUGUGUAAUUGAACGUGCAUUUGGGUUGUGGAAGAUGAGAUUCUACCGACCACUUCAUUUGGCACCAGAAAGGGCAGUCGCUGUUGUGAUUGCAACAGCUAUUUUACACAACGUAUGCAUAGAGAAAAAUCUUCCUUUGCCUGAUAUCGACGAAAUGGACGAUAACGACAACUACGAAGAGGCAAUCUACAACCCGGAUGAUAAUGGCAGUGGGAAUAACGUAAGAGAAGAACUGAUCAGCAGAGUGUUUUCUUGA